AAUCACUUAUCUUAACAGAUUCUGAUCACCUAUAUAUAAAUAUGUGACGGUGUCUAUAUAGACAUAAUAACUUGGUGAAGCGGAAGAAAUUAGAGUUUUGAGAGCAGAAAUUAAUUGAUGGAUGCAGAUCAAGUCCUUCAUAUGAAUGGCGGAGAGGGAAUGAUAAGCUAUUCAAACAACUCUCUUCAUCAAAAAACAAUAAUAUCAAUGGUAAAACCAACAGUACAAGAAACAGUAGAGGAGCUCUAUUGCACCCUUUUGCCAGAAUGUUUGAAAAUAGCAGACUUAGGAUGCUCUUUUGCAUCCAAUACACUUUUAGUUGUAUCCGACAUCAUAGAAAGCAUCCAAAAUACAAGCCAAAGAUUGAAUCGGCGACCACCCUCGUUUCAGGUGUUCUUAAACGAUCUUCCCGGGAACGAUUUCAACACGUUGUUCAAGUCAUAUAAGAAACUUGAGGAAGAAAAGGGAGGACAAGAUCAAGGUUUCGGAAAAUGUUUCAUUUCAACAGUGCCUGGAUCUUUCUAUGGGAGGCUCUUCCCCUCCAACUCCCUCCACUUUGUUCACUCUUCUUAUUCUCUCAUGUGGCUCUCCAAGGUCCCAAAAAGUUUGGUUAGUGCAAGUGGACAAGGGGUGGUGAACAAAGGGAACGUCUGCGUGGCAAAAACAAGCCCUCCUGCAGUGCACAAAGCGUAUUUAGAAGAAUUUCAAAGCGGUUUUACAAAGUUUCUCAAGUUUCGUGCACAAGAGUUGGUCCCUGGUGGUAGCAUGGUCCUCACAACCAUGGGCAGCAUCAAGAGUGACGAUCCCCUCAGCAUUUGGGAAUGUGUUGGGUUGAACCUCAAUGACAUGGUUUCUGAGGGGUUGAUUGAAGAGGAGAAAUUGGACGUCUUGAAUUUGCCAUAUUAUGCAGCAAGCAAAGAGGAAGUACAGAAAUUGAUUGAAGAGGAAGGAUCAUUUGAAUUGAAGAACCUUGAAGUCUUCAAAAUGGAUUGGGACACUUACUUAAAGAAAGCUAACAGUAAGCUUGAUGAGCAACAAAGGGCAGCCAUAAUCACCAGUCACAUUAGGGCGGUUGGAGAGCCUUUUCUUGCUGCCCAUUUCGGAGAAGCUGCCAUGGAUGAGUUGUUUUCUAGGUUUAAAGACAAUGUCCUCCAUCACAUGGUGUGGGAGACAUGUGAGUACGUUAAUCUUGUUAUCUCAUUAACCAAAAAGCUUUAAAUGUGUAUAUAUAGAUGAGCGUGGGUGAUAUAUACAUAUCACACACACACACACACACACACACACACAUAUAUAUAUAUAUAUGAGAUAAAACAUGUAUAACAUUUAUACAUUUGUACGCAUAUAUAUUCAUGUGUGCAUAUGUUGUAUUUGGUAGCGUAUUAAUUUUCAGUGUCAUUAUAUGGUUUGGAAUAUGAUGAAUAAAGCAGUAAUAUUGCAAUAA